GUGAUUGGUCCACUCCGCUCACGUCUGCGUCAACCUGCCACAGCGGAAGUGAGGGCUUCAGAAGAAAUAGCUGCUAGUUUAAUAAGCAUGUUCGCUAUUAUAGUAUUGCUCAUUGUAAAUAUUUCCCACUAACAAAAAUGAAUGUUUUUACCUGCGUCGUGUUGUUUCUCGUAAGUGCCGCAGCUGCUAACAAAAGCGGGGACGAUGAGUGGGUGCAUCUGCCAAAUAAAUGUGAAGUGUGCAAAUUUGUGAGUAUUGAGAUGAAGUCUGCAUUUGAAGAGACUGGCAAAACAAAAGAAGUGAUUGAAACCAACUACCGAUUCUUGGAUGACAAAGGUGCACCGCCAAUCAAAUAUGUGAAAUCUGAUAUUCGUUUCAUAGAGGUGAUGGAGAACGUUUGCUCAAGGAUUAUGCAGUACAAUCUACACAAAGAGAGAGAUGGCAGCAAUCGUUUUGCAAAGGGUAUGUCUGAGACAUUCUCUACCUUACAUAACCUGGUUAAUAAAGGCGUGAAGGUGGUCAUGGACAUUCCCUAUGAACUGUGGAACGAGACCAGUGCAGAAGUAGCUGACCUCAAAAAACAGUGUGAUGUGAUGGUAGAGCAGUAUGAAGAAGUCAUCGAAGACUGGUAUAAAGGCAGCCAGGAGGAAGAUCUCACCACUUACCUGUGUGAAAAACAUGUGCUGAAAGGACAAGACACUGAAUGUCUUAAAGAGUCAUGGGCCGGGAAAAAGGGAGACAUGGCAGCUAUCGCGGAGGACAAGAAGAAAAAGAAGGGCAAAAAGAAGAAGGGUAAAGACAGUGAGGAUGGGCAGAAAAAGGAAAAGAAGGUGAAGAAGAAGAAGAAGAAGGAAAAGUCCAAGCUUCCCAAGAGUGAAACUAGCAAGCGGAAAACCGAAGAAGCUGGAUACACCUCAGAUGAGGAGGAGAUUCAAAAGAAAGUUCCUCUUAAUCAGGAGAAAACUGAACUCUGAUAUAGUUCUUUGCCCCCCUUUUUUGUUUGUUUUUUGAUGCUUGUCCCCUUGACAUCUAAAAUUACAACUGAUACCGAGAUGUACGUUGAGUUUUAGUCCAUUAGAAGAAGGUAAUAUUGAGGUCCUCAUUAUAGAUCAGGCAGAACGUGUCACUUGAAUGUUACAUGAACAGGAAGAAGCUAAAAUCAAACGCCAUUUCAGAUCCAAAAAUGGCAGCUACUGUAGACCAAUCAAAUCAGAGCUUGGAUUUAAACGUUUGCUUGUGUUUGUUCUCAUGCUGGUACAUGUUGGUACAAUAUUCCUUUCAGGAAGUGUUUUGAAUCAUUGAAGUUGGCAAGCCCUUGGAAUGGAUUCUGGAAAUCCUUCUCAUGGUUCUCAUUUCUAUUCCUCUCACUCUUUCCUAAAAUUUAGUUAAGGUCUUAUACCUGCUGUUACUUUUACUUGCCAUUUAUUUCAUCAUUAUAGAUCCCUCAUAGAUACCUUGGAGCUUUUUUUCAGUAUUAAUAUGAUUAGGUGGUACAAAUAAAAAUAAAAAUUAAAAAAUUGUACUUUUUUCUGUGUAAGAUAAUAUUUUUAUGUCAACAUUUUAUGUGAUGCAACAAAUGCUAAUAGUUUUUUUUUUGUGAUUCAACGUCCAUAAAAUGUGAUUUUUAUUAUAUAUCCCCACAAAUUUCCUUUUAUUAUUUUAUUUUAGAUGGAACGGUCUGAACUUGGCACCUCGUAAAGCCUCUAAAUUUCCCACAUUUUUCAUUUCAGUAAUGCAGAUAAUGGAAGAAACCCUGAGAAAGUAGGGACCUUUUCUUCUUUUUUUUAAAAUCCAAAUAUAGUUGUACCAUUUUUACUCGAUCUGUUUUUGCGUUUGCAGUGUUUAUGUACGUGAUGUCACUUACAGGGAAUGUUUGAGUUCGUUUUUUCUUAAUACUCUUCUGUACAGUAUUGUUUACUUCAACUGUUUAUCUGAUAUCAGGCUUCACUCUUUCCAAAAGCUGUAUGUCUGUAAGUGUGUGAGCUCCUGCAGGUGUUUGUAUGCCUAUUCAGAUUAGUGUUGUUUGGAGUGCGAUGUGGAGUGUGUAUGAAAGUUAUUGACCGGAGAUUGAACUGUAUAUGCAAAUGUUGUAAUGGGAGGAACAUGUGCGGGUUUUGUGUUUCUUGGCAGCAGCUCAUUAGCUGAGGCUUUUGAUAAGUGAGUUGUAAAUGACUGAUGAAUAAAAAAAAGUAAACCAACAACAAACAA